AUGUAUAAGCACAGUUUUAGGGUCUGCUUCUGUUUCAGGAGAAGAUUCAGGACAAAUGUAGCAGAAGCACCAGAAGAUGUGAAGAGGGUGUUUGAUCAAUACUCAGAAAAUGGCACAAUGAACAUUGAUCAAUUGCAGAUGUUUUUGGAAGAGGUUCAAGGAGAAGAAUCUGAGAUGAAAGCUCAUGCGAUCUUCGACAAUCUCAAGCAUCUCAAUAUCUUCCAGAGAAGAGGCCUUCGUCUCGAAGAUUUCUUCCGAUAUCUUCUCGGAGAACUUAAUCUUGCUUUCUCGCCCUCACAAGGGGUUUAUCAGGACAUGAGAGCCCCAUUGUCUCACUACUACAUAUUUACAGGCCACAACUCCUACCUAACAGGAAAUCAACUGAGUAGUGCUAGCAGUGUGACUCCUAUCAUAAGGGCUCUGAAAAGAGGAGUAAGAGCAAUUGAGUUGGAUUUGUGGCCUAGUUCCAAGAAAAAUGGCAUAAACGUUCUUCAUGGAGGGACACUCACAGCUCCUGUGAAACUCAUCAAAUGCCUGCGGGCAAUUAAAGAUCAUGCUUUUACUGCUUCUGAAUAUCCUGUAGUGAUAACUUUUGAGGACCAUCUCACUCAUGAUCUUCGAAAAGAAGUGGCCAAGAUGGUUACUACAACAUUUGGGGAUAUCCUCUACGUUCCUAAAUCUGAAGACUUGAAUGAAUUCCCGUCGCCAGAGUCGCUGAAGGGCAGGAUUCUUAUUUCAACCAAACCACCAGAGCACACUAAAGUUGAGAGCACCAAGGAAAAACCAUCAGCAGAUAAGCGCAGAGACACAGCAGAUGAUGACAUUUGGGAGAGUACAAUGUCACGAGAAGAUACGGAUGAGGAUUAUCUGGAAGAGGAUGAUAAAGAUGAAGAGAUUGUUAUUCCAGAAUAUAGGAGUUUGAUUGCCAUUCACGCAAAGAAGAUGAAACGUGGAUCAAAUCUUCAGACCUUCUUUAAUGAUAUAGAAAAAGUGUCAAGACUUAGUCUGAGUGAGCAAGAACUUGAAAAUGCUACAGGAAACUGCGGACGCGAUAUUAUCAGGUUUACUCAGAGGAAUUUGCUGAGAGUGUACCCAAAAGGUUCAAGAUUAGACUCAUCUAAUUACAAUCCUAUGCUUGCCUGGACUCAUGGGGCUCAAAUGGUUGCUUUUAAUAUGCAGGGAUAUGGGAAAUACUUGUGGAUCAUGGAAGGAAUGUUCAGAGGCAAUGGUGGUUGUGGCUACAUUAAAAAACCCGAUUUCUUGUUGAAUAACUCAGAACAAGAGAAUUCUACUUCGAGAUCAACAUCUUUGAUUAUGAUAAAACGUUUAAAGCUAAAGGUAUACAUGGGAGAAGGAUGGGAUUUGGAAUUCGGUCCCUCACAUUUCGACUUCUAUUCGCCUCCAGAUUUGUACGUUAAGAUCAGAAUAGUCGGAGUCCGAGAGGAUACAGUGGUGAAAAGAACAAUUCCGAUAGAAGACCAGUGGGUACCUGUUUGGAACGAGGAGUUUAGUUUCUCAAUAAGCGCUCCUGAAUUGGCUUUGCUACAAGUUGUAGUUCUUGAUCACGAUACCUCUGGAAAAGAUGACUUCGCCGGCCAGACAUGUCUGCCGGUGAGAGAGCUCCGAUCAGGAAUCCGAGCAGUGCCAUUAUACAACCGGAAGGGAGAGAUCUACAAGCAUGUGAAGCUCCUAAUGCGCUUCGAAUUUGAAUGAGAGAAAUUAUACCUCCAAAAAUGGAAUUUAUGUAAAUAAUAAAUAAAUAAAUGGAAUGAAGCCUCCUUUCUUCUAUUUGAA